GACAAACGUCUGAGAGCAGCGUCUACCACCGCGGUGCUGGGGUGAGUCCGGGCGACUCCAGGCUCGGGGGCAUCGGGACGUCACUGUUAGACCACGAACACGCCAUCGCGACGUCGCACGGGUCACCAGGCACCGGGGCAAGUUUCAGUUUGAGUAAUCUUUAAAUGAAACGUGGGUAAAGCCUUAUAUACAGAAGAGAGACGCCAGUCAGCAAUCUCAAUAAUAAGUUGGAAAAGAAACAUGUUGUCCUUAAACAACCUGCAAAAUAUCAUCUAUAACCCGACUGUCCCCUAUGUCGGAACCAUUGCUGAGCAGCUGACGCCUGGCUCUCUGAUUGUAAUCCGGGGUCACAUUCCUAAUGACGUGGACAGAUUCCAGGUGGACUUGCAGCAGGGCAACAGUCUGAAGCCGAGGGCCGACGUGGCCUUCCACUUCAACCCUCGCUUCAAAAGGUCCAACUGCAUUGUGUGUAACACGCUGACAAAUGAGAAAUGGGGCUGGGAGGAGAUCACCCACGACAUGCCCUUCAAAAAAGAAAAGUCCUUUGAGAUCGUGAUCAUGGUGCUAAAGAACAAAUUCCAGGUGGCUGUGAAUGGAAAGCACACGCUGCUCUACGCCCACAGAAUUGGCCCGGAGAAGAUAGACACACUCGGCAUUUAUGGCAAAGUGAACAUUCACUCCAUUGGGUUCAGCUUCAGCUCGGAUUUACAGAGUAUGGAACCAUCUACUAUGGGACUGAGAAGCAUAAGCAGACAAAAUAUACAAAAGUCUGCCAAGGCCCAGUUGAGCCUGCCAUUUGAAGCAAGGUUGAACGUCCCCAUGGGCCCUGGACGAACUGUUGUCAUUAAAGGGGAAGUGAAUACAAACGCCAAAAGCUUUAACGUUGACCUGGUGGCAGGAAAAUCAAAGGAUAUUGCUCUACACUUGAAUCCACGCCUGAAUGUGAAAGCAUUUGUGAGAAAUUCCUUUCUUCAGGAUGCCUGGGGAGAAGAGGAGAAAAAUAUUACCUGCUUCCCAUUUAGUCCUGGGAUGUACUUUGAGAUGAUAAUUUACUGUGAUGUCCGAGAAUUCAAGGUUGCGGUAAAUGGUGUGCACAGCCUGGAGUAUAAGCACAGAUUUAAAGAGCUAAACAGUGUCGACACACUAGCAGUUGAUGGUGAUAUUCAUUUGCUGGAUGUAAGGAGCUGGUAGCUACCAUAACUGCCAAAAAUCUUGAAAUACAAAAUGGCUCAUAUGGUACUGGCCAUGUCAAAUGCAUCUCGCUUUCACCACAUUGUGCAUUGUUAAACUGAGAUCAUCCAACAGCAAGUCCUACUGGUGUCCUCGGGCCUGGCCAUGCAGUGGGGCUACCUCUGCAUUCAGAAGAACAAAUCUGGGGCAGUCACAGCUUACUGCCAGCGAGGCUCUGCACACUGGGGGCCCUCUUGUAAAACCACACUCAACAAAUAUUUAAGUGCCUACUCUAAUGUACUAGCUAAUAGGGAUGGAAGGCAUAUUUCCUACGUAUAUUUUCUGAGCUGGGCAUAGACAUGGCAGUGCCCAGAGUCAGUGGUCCUUGUUUUCUGGCACUCCCAUGCCCAUGGUCUCCUACUCUGGGGUUUUCCUACUGGCAUUGCAUUAACCCUAUUAGGGGACCUUUGCAGUUAAAGUCAGAAAAGUAAAAGUAUACUAACGGAUAUGUACUUCCCCGGUGAUCCUUUCAAAAUCAGCAUUCUGUCAUGUCUCAUAAUUGAAGACUGUACAACAUUUAUUUAGCUCUCACUGCUUUAAGCUUUAUAAAAUAAUAUGCUGGACACAGCAGAAAAAUUGAGACCAACCCCCCCUCUAAAAAAAAAAAAAAAAACAAAAAACCCAAACCCAAAAACACCUGAAUUAGAACAAGUGUCCUGCUCCAAACUGAUUUCUGCUUAUUGGCCCUCAAGUCCAAGGUCUGUGUGCAUGCCUGCGGCAAAAUGAGAUAGAGGUUGGAUAAAUGCAGUUUGUAAACCCCCUGGGUAACUAACAUGAAGAUGAAGAGACAGUGACUGUAUAAAACAGGCACUAUUAAAGCAAAACCUGCACAGAAGGGUAACAUAAAGUUGAGCUGGUGUGCAGAUCAGCCCUUGCCCCUUUGGUCUAUAGCUGUGUCAGUUAGCAUCGGCAAGUUUAGCUGCUGUACUCUGUAGCUUCUAUUUGACAGAACUGGGAGCUCUAGGUAAUCUUUCUUCACAGGUCCGAGCUUGCUACAGAUUUCAAAGAUUCUGGUGUGGGGAUGGGGAAAAGCUCAUGUCAUCAGGUCAUUUUAUUGUAUUAAACCACAGGCUAGAAUUCUGCCAGGGCUUAGAAGUAUUCACAGCCACUUUCCUCAGACAGAUUAUCUGUAUCCAUAUGGGAAAUAAUGCCAUCACCAACCUUACUUUUUAGGGAGUACUGAGUGCAGCAACUGCUAGUCCUUCAUGCUUUUCAUGCAAAUUUACUAUGCUUACUCUCAAAAAACUCAAGAUAUGAGGUUGGUGGAUGGAACUGGGCAGUCUAUCAGGAGCCGGAGGCUUCAGAAUCCCCUAGAGUCACUUCUUCCUUAAGAAUGCAUAACUGAGAUGCUGGAGGCUGAAAGGCACUAAGGAAAAAAAACCCAUUCAUAUGAAAGCUUACUUGCACUUCUAUUUUACACAAAGCUGUUGACUGAUUUUGAACAGAAUCAGUCUUAAUUCUUAGAUUCUGGUCUCUUAAAAAAGCUGCUGGGAUUUAUUAAGUUGUGAGACAUUUCACUGUAUAUUUCUAAGUUUUAUCUCUAAACUGCAAAAUGGCCUUUUUGCUUGUCCUAAUUCUGCAUUAAAUUUUUAUGUUAAAUUAGAA